ACCAUCACAAAUCUUAUCUCAAUUACCUUGCAACUAACCUGUGGCAGGCUCUCCUGCCAGGUUACUUUAGCUCACGCUCACUAGCAUGACCUGGUGAUGUCGUCCAGAUACCCUCCAUUGUCUGGGUUCAAUUCCCGUGAUCGUUCGCCCCAACGCUUCGGUGACCGUCGACCCCCUGUUGGCCCCCGUGGCACUGAUGAUGCGAAUUUACCCCCGCUGGGAAGAGAACCCCCCCGGGGCCCCAAGGCUUUGAUCGACCCCCCGCGAGGAGCCCCAUUCGGUGGGCGUGGCAGAGGUUAUCCAGGCCGUGGAGAUUUUCGGGACCGGGACCGCGACGUACGAGAUCGAGAUCGCGACCGUGAUCGCGACUUUCGAGAUAUCCGAGAUGGACCACCGCCCUUUCGCCGAGAUCUCGACCGGGACCGAGACUGGGGCCGCCGUGACCGCGACUUCGAUCCCCGCGAAUCGCGUAUCGGCUUUGGCCGUGGCCGCUCGCGCUCCCCUCCGCCUCCCCGCGACUUUCGCGAUAUGAGAGAACCCCUCGGACGAGAUGCAGACAUGAUUCGAAUGCGACGGGGCUCCCGAGACAGCAUGGUCUCGGUAUCAUCCGCAGUACCUGAUGUCCCGUCCGGUGGCGGUCAUCACCCCCGCAGUGGCCCGCCCAUGCGUGGACGGGGCCGAGGUGAAUGGGACUCGGGACGCGGUCGCGGUCGGAUGCCGUACCUGGACGAUCGGGAUUCCUUCAGACGUCGAAGUCGGUCACGCGAUGCCCGCUGGGACCGUGAGCGCGAGCGCGAGAGGGACCGCGACCGGGAAAGGGAUCGGGAGCGUGAACGAGACCGGAUUCUAGAUCGCGAGCGGGACCGUGAUCGUGAGAGGGACCGCGACCGGGUGAUCCUCGAUCGUGAUCGCGAUCCUGACCGGCGCGAGCGCGACAGGGAACGGGAGCUCGAACGACGGGAAAGGUUCGAACGGCGGGAGGAGGUGGACCGUCGGGUUGAACGCGAUGAACGUGACCGACCAGGCGAUCAUUGGAAGCGCGAUCGUCCCCCCAGUCGCGCCGAGAAUCGAAUUCCGAGCAGCUCAACCGUGUCGUCGGUGACUGGACCAACUGUCCUCCCGGUUCCCGGUCUGCCUGAACGACUUCCAGACCAUCCACCCGCAGAACCCCCUCGUAAGCCCUCGGGAGGAGAGGCACGUCGUGAUUCGCAACGCAUGGACCGUAUUGAACGCAUCGAGCGCAUCGAACCACCGGCGCCUCUCCCCGAGCAACCAGCGAAGGACUUGGUCCCCCCUCCCGUGAAGCGAUCCCCGCCCCCCGCUGCUCCCCAGGUGCCAGCAUUCGGUUCCGUCACCGCGCCCCUACCCGACAUUCCUGCUGAGAAGCCUGAGAAGCAGGACAAGCCAGAGAAGCCAGAGAAGCCGGAGAAGCCAGAGAAGCCAGAAAAGCUUGAGAAGCCCGAGAAGUCAGAGAAGUCAGAAAAGCUUGAGAAGCCUGACAAGGUCGAGAAGUCCGAAAAACUGGAGAAACCCCUUGUAGAUUCGACAUCAACAGCCGCCGCAGCUACGAAAUCGGAAAAGGAACGGCAUGAGCUUCCGCCAAAAGCCCCAAUGCAUCCACCGACCGCGCCCAAAGCGGAGCGAGGCCCUCCCCAACAACCGCUGGAGCAAAGGGUUCGACGUGAUGAUACGCGCCGUGACGAAACGCCCGAUAUCCCGCCGAAGCCUGAGCCGGCAACCCGUCCCCCGAAGCCGCAUGUCCCAGCAGCAGCCGGCGGGCCGAAACCGACAGAUAUCUCACCUCCUACUGCUCCCGCGGCAAUGGUUCACAAAGAUGCACCAGGCGCUCACGAAACCCCGUCUCCAAGAAAGCUAGGGCCCACAAUAACCUCCCCAGAACUUGGACGGAGGCCAUCGGCCGCAGGGUCAGCCACUUCCCCGGGUCCGCACACUUCACCUCGGAUGCCCACAUCAAGUAUUCCUACCGGACCCCGUGCGCUUCAGCAACGCCCAUCAAUAUCUCGUGGCUCUUCAAAAGCUAUGAAACAAUGGGUGCGUGCGGGAUUCCCCGGCGCACAUUCUGGUCCAAGUGCUGCACCACCACCAAAGCGCGACUCCAUCGAUGGAAAAGAGCGAAGUCUGUCUCUUAGUGAAGACCACAAGCUCGAGUCGCUCAGCCAGGCCGAUGAGUCUGCCAACGGACUCGAGGCGGGUGAGAUUGUCGGCGAAGAUGAACCCAUAGAAUCAAAGCCCCAAGAGCCCGCGGUGUCGUUUGCGUCGGCCAUGGACGUGGAUGUGCCCGAAGCUGUCGCGAAAAUGCCGGCUGCCGAAGAGAAGCCUGCGGAGAAGGAAGUGCCCAAGGAGGCGCCCAGUGAGGCGCCCAGUGAAGCACCUAAGGAAGCACCGAAGGAAGCACCUAAAGAAGCAUUGAAGCCAGCACCCAAGGAGGCACCCAAGGAUCAGAGCACCGUCGUCAUACCGGAUUUUGGACGUUCCAGCGAUGAAGAAGAGGACGAGAAUGUCGUGUUUACACAAGACUAUCUAGAAGAACGGAAGCAGAUCUUCGAAAAGGAUAUGAAUGCUCUCCGUGCCGAGCUGCCGCCCCCACCAUUGGAAGACCCCAAUAUCGUGGCGCUACUGAUGCGCAUCCAGUAUUUGGGGAUGAUUGCCCAUGACCAGGUUCCUGAAAAGGAGCCCACACCCCCAGUGUUAGCUAAGGAUACCAAGGUAGCUAAGGAGGAACCAUCGGCACCUGAGAUGGAAAGUGAGCCGAAUGGCAAGGCUGAAGAACACGAGCCACCAGCCAAGGUGGUUUUGGAUUCUGUUCCUGCGGCCGAUGCACUUACGCUCGAGAGUCUGCCGUUUUUGAACUCUGGCCCACCCACACCGUUAUCGGACUCGGAGGUUUACCAGGAGAAUGCGGCGACUCAUGAACGUUUGAAGGACACCUUCCGCGACAUCAUCAUGAAACGUCGCAAGGACGUGGCGCGGAAGAAUGCCGAGUUGAGAUUGGAUUACCUUUCCUACUAUAAGCCUUGGAGGCUGAAUGUGUGGGAGUUGGACCAUGCGAAAGAAAAGACUUCGGGUAGUCCCGGGCCCACAACACCACCUGCUGCCCCAGCCACGGCGACGCCUACACCUACGGUGGAAAGCGGAAGACGGUACAAGGGCAAUAGCGAGCUGGACUUUCAAAAUGCCCUGCGCGCCUCGGAGAUUUCUGCCCAAGAAGAACUGGAGAGGCGUCGCGGCAACAAGGCUACUGCACAGCCGGACCUCGCCCGCGAGGCUGUGAUUCCUGAGAUGCUCGAGCCCCCAGAGGUGAAGGCAGGUAUCUACAAGGACACCAACAACAUCAUCGACCCAGAUCAGGCCAUGGAUGUCUUCGGGUUCCUGCCGCCUCGGAAUGAUUUCAGCCAAGAAGAGCACGAGAUCUUUACCGACGCGUUCAUGGCGCAUCCGAAGAAAUGGGGCAAGAUUGCAGAAUCGCUUCCAGGACGGGAUUUCCAGCAGUGUAUCAUUCACUACUACUUGACCAAAGAAGAGAUUAAGUACAAGGCCAAACUCAACAAACGGUGGAGCCGUCGUGGGCGUGCCCGGCGAUCUGCUCGACCCAAGUCCAAUGCGCUUAUGGCUGACCUGGGUGUUGUCAAACCGGACUAUGAAGGCGAAGAGGAGCCCGCUCCAGUCACCGAUACGGGCCGUCCUCGACGUGCCGCUGCCCCAACGUUCGGAGACUCGUCUGCCGAUACGGACAACAACGGCCGCCGUGGGAAUGCCUCCAAGGAUGGCGACCAAGCAGAGAAGCCCAGCCGACGUGGACCUCGAAGCGGUACAGGCACGCGAGGUGGCCGACGAGGGAAGGCUGCCCAACAGCAAGCGCAGCAACAGCAGCAGCAGCAACAACAACAACAACAAUUGCAGCAACAAUUGCAGCAGCAGCAGCAGCAGCAGCAGCAAACACCACAACCCACCCCCUCGGAGCAAUCUCUCCAGAGCACGCCUGUUCCAGUGGCUGCCGCUGCCGUCACUCCUGCACCAAAGGUGGAGACUACGGAGCCAUCCAUGGAUGGAACCACCGAAGCCCCGAUCGUGCGGCCCAAGGAGCCGCAAGAGCGAGAGGUAAACGAUGUGCCACCGCGCGCCAGGUCUGGUCGGGGACGUCCGAAGGAGGGCGUGUAUGUCUUCGAAUCUACUGAACAGGAGGCCCCGGCACCUGCCCGGCAGCCCGAGGUAGGCGGCUACGGGUCUCUACAACCGACGAGUUACUGGUCGGUGCCUGAGCAGCGCGAUUUUCCUUUGUUGCUGGCGCACUUUGGUCGUGACUUUGAGGGUAUAUCCAACUUCAUGAAGACGAAAACCACAGUCAUGGUCAAGAAUUACUUCCAGCGCCGCAUUGACUCGGGCCAAAAAGAUUUCGAAGAUAUCGUUGCCGAUGCAGAGGGCAAGAAAGCUCGUGGUGAGCCUACAGGUCCAUUGCCUGUUCCUAACUUCGCCUCUAAGCGGCGUUAUGAGGCUACACCAUCUUCUAUCAUCAUGCCUCGGCCUCUCGCCCCGCACACUGAUACCGCGCCGGAUACAGAUGAUAGCCGUUUAGGAUCCAAAGGCAAACCCGCCAGUUCAACCCCCCAGCAGGCGCCUCUGCAGGCUCGCGCAGGCCAAGAGAAAGAGCGAAAUGUCUCGAGAUACCCACCGCUUGCGCAAGCCGCUAGUGCUCCAAUGGCAAGCGGCCCUAUGCUUAGUGAGGAUCCUGCUCGGGUCAUGAGCUCUCAGGCACCCUUGCCAUCGCGAAUGCAGGGACCCCGCUUGGGGUAUUUUGCCGAAGAACGACGAGAAGUCCCAGCAACGGUGCUGUCACACACAGCUGCCACACGGCCUCAGGAAGCCCCCAUGUCCGUGCGACAAACUCCGGUAUCCGCAUCUGAGAUGGCACGGCUGGAACCUCUCCAUGGCCAAGGGUUCCGACCCGCCAGCGUGGACGUGCACCGGUCACCAUUGCUUUCGGCACAAUCAGCGUUACCAGGCUCGCAGCAGGCAUAUCUCCAACCUCAGCAUCAACCUUCCUUGAUGCCUGCAGGAUCCCAUUCCCGUCAGCACAGCCUCACGAAAACGCCCAGCUCCCCGGCGCAACCGCUGCAGCGGCCGGAGCCGGAAAUAUCGCCUGUUCGACGUGAUUCUAUGUCGCAGCGGCCUUAUUUCGCAAUGCCAGGGCACGUUGGCAUUCCUCAGCCCACCCCAAUCUUGUCACCACCCAAGGAGCUGUCUCGACCUGGACCGCCUCCCGCGGAGCCGCCUGAGGCUCCUCGCGUGCCGGCGAAGCGGUCGAACAUCAUGAGCAUCCUGAAUGACGAACCGGAAGAACCCCAGCCGCGCAAACGGUUCGCUGGCGACCCGUCGUCUUCAACACCCACAGGGCAUACUGGGUCACCCUCUCGGCCUGUCUACGGUGGGAUGCAGUCACUCCCGCAACAGCCACCCCCGCGUCAAGAGGAGACUGUUAUGUCAUCUCAGCAGAGAGCCCCAGCCUACGGUCCUCCAAGCCAGUAUUUGCCGCCAACACGCGCCUACGCAGAUUACCAGUCCUAUAGUUCUGUUCCAGGAGGCUCCGCAGCGCCUGCAAAUAACGAUUGGAUGGCCCGGUUUGACCCUCGCGGACAGCCACCCCCACAACCACCGCAGGCUCCGUCGCAAUCGAGUAGCCGUCCUACCACCACGCUUGCCUCUCAGCCACCCUACUCCCCCUAUACGUCCACCCAAUCUUUGUCUAAUCCUUCCUUGCCGAACCUCACCGCUCCAUCUCCUGUCCCAACUCCUGCAUCAGUGACUGCGCAGCGCCCGGCGUAUCAUGGAUCCACAUAUGCCCCUUCACCGGUGUCUCACGCACAGGCUACUGCGUCGUCGCGCGAAAUGGCGGCACAAAGCCAGAUGUAUCGCCAGAGCAUCGGUUCACCCACACAACGUACCAGUAGCCUCGCUUAUGGAACCCGUCAAGGUCCGCCGACGCCGAUACAGUCCCCCGCGAAUCUGCUGGGGAUGGGAUCGCGACAGCCACCAGGCACAGUAUCGUACGCCUCGCCCGCGCCAGCCACGCCUGGAUCCGGCCAUAUGUCUGCGCAACAACAUGCGGCGCACCAGUCAUAUCAGCAGCAUGUGCAGACCAUGGUCAGUGGGGCUCAUCAGCAAGCUGCGCACCGCCAGACGCUUGGAUUGGCUAGUGGGCCGUACGGUCACAACACUCCACCCCCGCAGGCAUCGGUCUCCCGGGCAGCGGGCUUGCCUGGACCGGGGCCACAGUCGAUGACGAUGGGUCGCUCCUACACACCCCCAGCAAUCUUGCAGCCAAGUCCCGGCGGAGGGCUGAGCUAUGCGCCCAGUGGCCCUGCGGCCGUUGGGUCGAUGCACCCCCUUCAAGCACGACCUGGCGGACCUGGAACGCUUGUGGAGGCGGUGCCGGGAGGUCACCCUACGCCAGGCCACCACCGAGUGUACAGCCAGGGGUCUAAUGCCGGGCCAUUGCCUGGGCCAAUGUCACAGCACCCACCUCGAUAGACUUGUGUGGGAGGUGUUGAUAAUCUCAUCUUUUGA